GCCUACCAGAAUAUCACGAACCUCACCAAACCCAGCAACUUCGAACCCUCAAACAAAAGCCCCACUACACCACACCCAAACCACACCAACCUACCCCCACCAUACCCAACUACCAGAGAACAAUAUAUUCAGAAUGGCCGACAAACUCCGCACCCUCCAGAACCUCGAGGCGAUGCAGGCCCGCUACAUCGGAACGGGCCACGCCGACACGACCAAGCACGAGUGGCUGUCCAACAUCGUGCGCGACAGCUACGCUUCGUAUAUCGGGCACCCGCCGCUGCUGUCGUAUAUGGCCGUGGGGAUGGGCGAGUCGAAGGAGAAGGUGCGCGCGGCGAUGAUAGAGAAGAUGGUGCGUGGCGCGGGGAAUCCGCCUGAGACGCAGGAAUAAUCCGGGGUACUGGGGUCGGAUUGGGUGUCUUAGAUGGAAGAGGAGGUGGAAGGAAGGGUCGUGAUGGUGAAUUGUUGGAUUGUCGGAUUGUUAAGUGGUCUGCACCGGGAUGGUGAUUGCAUCUGGAAGGAUAGGAUCCAUUAGAGUAAUGGAUCUCUAGAUGUCUAAACUGGGACAAGGAGUUACGGGCUGGCGUUUGGGUUUGGUUUGAUUUCUGUUCCUCUCAGCUGAGUCCCCAUAAUCCAGCGACUUCAAUCAAGCUUACGAU